AUGGGGUUUAGGGUUUUAAUGAGUUUAUGGGUGAGUGAGAACGGUUCGAAGAAGGUCCUUGGGAUUGAACGAAGGGUACUUAAGGCAGUUGCUAUUAUUAAGAUGUCAGAACAACAGCCCGCUAUCCGAGUGCAAUCGGCAAAUAUUGAAGGUAAAAUGGAUGACGACUUCUCAGAUUUGUGUGUGAUAUGCAUUGCUCAGAAAUACAAUGUUGCUUUUGUCCCGUGCGGGCAUAUGUGUUGCUGUACAACUUGUUCUCGACCCUUAAAAAUGUGCCCUCUUUGCCGCGGACAGAUAAAGCAAGUUAUACGAAUUUUCUAUCCCUAAUUAUGAAAGCUUAACUAGACAAAUCAUCAUGGAAUCUUGAAUUGUGAUUCAUGCUUUAAGAAUCCAAGAGUAAUGGUGUUCUGCUUGUCGCUUGAGGUUUUAAAUCAAAGGUUGCGAUAAACUAUAUUACAGAAUAUUGAGAUCAUUGUGGUUAACAAUUGUACAUGUGUUGGGGUCGUAGAGACAACAAAAAUCUUGAUGUUGCAUAUCGCGGUCACGGAUUCUUUUUCAAUAAAUGUUAGCCUCAUAUUGACAUGA